UCACACUCCACGUGGCGCCGCAGUGGGCGUGUUCCGGUUGCUCUGUGGUGGCUGAGUUUGGGUGUUUUCAUUAUGUUGCCAAACUGUGUGAGCCAGUUUCCCUGCAAGGCCUCUACCUUUGAUGACUUUCCAUAAACGUAGCAGUGCCGACCUCCGAGCGGGGAGAUGGAGUAGCACCAAAGCCUGUGAGAGGGCGUUGCAAUACCAGGUUGGAAAGACGAUCCAUGGAUUCACUGUGAGCCAGGUAUCGCCUGUCCCUGAACUGUUCCUGACCGCCGUGAAGCUCAGCCAUGAUGGCACAGGAGCGAGAUACUUGCACCUGGCCCGAGAAGACACGAAUAACCUGUUCAGCCUGCAGUUUCGAACCACGGCCAUGGACAGUACCGGAGUCCCGCACAUUCUUGAGCACACAGUUCUGUGUGGCUCUCAGAAAUACCCAUGCAGAGAUCCUUUCUUCAAAAUGUUGAACAGGUCGCUCUCCACUUUUAUGAACGCCUUCACAGGUUACCUUUUCAUUUGGUUGAUUGCUUCCUUUCCUGUGCAGAAACUCUUUAGUUUCAUGCAGUCCCUCCAUGUCUACAUUUGCUUUAGUCACCUAAGCUCUUGGAGUCGAUUCCAAAAUCAUUGUCAAGAGUGAUGUCAAGAAACUUUUUUCUGAGACAAGAAGUGGCUAUGGAGCAUUGAAGGUUAAGCUGGCCUCCAUGGUUUCAGUCUUUCUGGUUUAAACCUGAGGAUCUCAGACCACAUUCCAACACAUAUGAAAGCAGAGGGUCACUGCAGACAUUGAAAUCUUACUGUGCCUCCUACAGUGGAGCUGAUUGUUUCUGAUCCUUCUGUGACAAAGAACAGAAGAGAGUGGCCCUUUCAGCAUUUUCAGAUCGUCCUGACUAACUGUGCUGGAGGCAGAUAAAUGACCUGUGGUGACACUUGCAAGACACAUUCGUAUAAUUCAUAACAUGACUUCCCAAAAUCAGGUCACCUGAGAAAAUCCAGAGCAAGACAAGGAACAGGACAAUAUGGCUGCUUCACAGGGACCAUUGACUUUCCUGGAUGUGGCUGUAUAUUUCACUCAGGAGGAGUGGGAUUGCUUGUAUCCUGUUCAGCAGAUGUUGUAUGUGGAUGUGAUGUUGGAAAACUACAGGAACAUGGUCUCCUUGGGUCUUGCUGUCUCUAAGCCAUUUCUGGUACAGUUUUUGGAGCAAAUAAAGGAGCACUGGGAUGUGAAGGGAAACAAAACAAUAUCUCUCCCCCCAGCUAUGUCAUCUGAAGAAAAUCAAACCUUAUUGCAAAAGCCAGGAAUAGAAGAUUUGUUCUCUAAAGUACUACUGAGUACAUGUAAUGGAGACAGAAGUUAUGAAUACAAUGAACAUUGGAAAACCUUACACCAAGAGUCAAAUACUAAGAGACAUCAGAGAACUCAGCUUCCAGGGAACCAUUAUAAAGGUAGAAAAGCAUUUGACCAAAUUUCAAAUCACAAAAAAUAUCAGGUUAAUCAAAAUAUGGAUAAUACAAACCAAAAAAAUAAAAGGAUCAACUCAUUUCAGCUAUCUUCAAAUCAUAUUGAGAAAGAAAACAAUUAUACUUGGGACAAAACUUACAAAUAUAAUCUGAGGGAUACAGUUGUCAAUCAAAUGCUCAAUUUCAAUAGACAUAAGACAAGACAUACUGGAGGAAAAUCUUACAAAUGUAAAGAAUGUGGUAAGUCAUUUUAUUGGCCUUCAGGUCUUAUGAAACAUCAGAUAAUUCAUACUGGGCAGAAGCCUUACAAAUGUAAAGCAUGUGGCAAAGCCUUUAAAUCGCAUUCACAUCUUUCUAUACAUGAAAGAAUUCAUACUGGAGGGAAGCCUUAUAAAUGUAGAGAAUGUGACAAAGCCUUUAACCAGGCCUCAACUCUUGCUAAACAUGAAAGAAUUCAUACUGGAGAGAAGCCUUAUAAAUGUAGAGAAUGUGGCAAAACCUUUAGGCAUUCAUCAAACCUUACUAACCAUCACAGAAUUCAUACUGGAGAGAAGCCUUAUAAGUGUAGAGAAUGUGGAAAAGCCUUUAACCAGUCCUCAAAUCUUGCUAACCAUCAGAUAAUUCAUACUGGAGAGAAGCCUUAUAAGUGUAGAGAAUGUGGAAAAGCCUUUAACCUGUCCUCAACUCUUGCUAAACAUCAGAGAAUGCAUACUGGAGAGAAGCCUUAUAAGUGUAGAGAAUGUGGAAAAGCCUUCAACUGGUCUUCAACUCUUGCUAACCAUCAGAGAAUGCAUACUGGAGAGAAGCCUUAUCAGUGUAGAGAUUGUGGAAAAGCCUUUUUCCAGUCCUCAAGUCUUGCUAACCAUCAUAGAAUUCAUACUGGAGAGAACUCUUAUCAGUGUAGAGAAUGUGGCAAAUCCUUUAAGUGGUCCUCAAGUCUUGUUAACCAUCAGAGAAUUCAUACUGGAAAGAAGUCUUAUCAGUGUAGAGAAUGUGGCAAAGCCUUUAAGUGGUCCUCAAGUCUUGCUAACCAUAAGAGAAUUCAUACUGGGGAGAAGCCUUAUAAAUGUAGAGAAUGUGGCAAAGACUUUACCCGGUCCUCAAACCUUAGUGAACAUCAUAGAAUUCAUUCUGGAGAGAAGCCGUAUACAUGUAGAGAAUGUGGCAAAUCCUAUAACCGGUCCUCAUCUCUUGCUAUCCAUCAUAGAAUUCAUACUGGAGAGAAGCCUUAUAAAUGUAGAGAAUGUGGGAAAGCCUUUACCCGGUCCUCAUACCUUACUGAACAUCAUAAAACUCAUACUGGAGAGAAGCCGUAUACAUGUAGAGAAUGUGGCAAAGCCUUUAACCGGUCCUCAUCUCUUGCUAUCCAUCAUAGAAUUCAUACUGGAGAGAAGCUUUAUAAAUGUAGAGAAUGUGGAAAAGCCUUUAACUGGUCCUCAAAUCUUGCUAACCAUCGGAGAAUGCAUACUGGAGAGAAGCCUUAUCAGUGUAGAGAAUGUGGA